AUGUCUGCCGACCCACGACUGCGCGCGAGGCAGGAGCAGCAGCCUACACCCACUGCUGCUGCUACUACUACUGCUGCUGCUACUGCUGCCCCUCCACCUCCGCCGCCGCCGCCGACCGAACCUAGCCCCACGGGUAUGGACGGCGCCAAUGACGCGCACGCAGAGCAGAACAUGGUGCCUGAUGAUAGCUUCAAGCUCAAGUUCUGCACUGUGUGUGCGAGUAACCAGAACCGUUCCAUGGAAGCUCAUCUGCAGCUUGCUUCAGCGCACCUCCCCACAAUCAGCUUUGGCACUGGCUCUCUUGUCCGACUCCCCGGUCCAACCAUCACGCAGCCUAACGUCUAUCACUUCAACAGCACCACCUACCGUGCUAUUCAUGAUGAGCUCGCUCAGCAGAAUACUGCCCUCUACACUCACAACGGCCUGCUCAACAUGCUUGGUCGCAACUUGAACAUCAAGGGCUAUCCUGAGCGCUUCCAAGACUGGGUGCCCGGUAAACCACGUCUGGAUCAUGCUGAAGACAAAGGUUCGCAGGGGACGGAAUCGGGUGUCGUUGAUGUCGUUGUAACGUGCGAGGAGCGUUGCUUCGAUGCUGUGCUAGAAGAUCUCCACAACAAGGGCGGAAAGCUCAACCGACCUGUUCAUGUCUUCAACGUUGAUAUUAGGGAUAAUCACGAGGAAGCCCUCGUUGGUGGUAAAGCUAUUCUCGACCUCGCGCUCAGCUUGAAUGAAGCUGCGGCAAAAGAGAGGGAGCAGCAUGGCGACAGUGGAUGGCAAUCAGGUGGCGGAGCUGCUCGUUCUGGCUUCGACGAGCGCGUUCCCGAUAUACUUGCAGCCUGGCAGGAGCGAUGGCCCAACAUGCCUGCGCUCUGGAGUUUGGCUUGGUUCUAG